CCUCGCUGCUGUCUGGGGCGCGCACAGCUGCGGAGGCAGGUUGUGUGGAUGAGGAAAUUAGGACAGGCGGCCGGGAUUGGAGGCGCUCGAGAGCCAACCAGAGGCCUCCCAGGCGCCCGUGAGUCACCGGCAGCAGCGCACACGGAGACAGGAGCGGGGCGGUUCGUAUAAGAGCGUCGUGGAGCCGCCUUCCCCGUUGUGCAUGCUCUUCGAGGCUUCCUCACCGGCCCAAUCGGUGUGUGCGGCAGCGCGCUCAGUCUGCAAGCCACCUCCUGGAUUCAUUUUAUUUUUUAAAUUUCAUUUGAUUUUUAAUUUCGUCUCCCGGACCGGUUGUUGUCUUCCUUGUUGCCGUCUGUAUUGUCCUCCGCUUUCUCCACCCCGCUUGGAGUACGCCAGCUUCGGCUUGUAUUCUUCUGGCCUGUGCAAGAAAAAGGAAGAAAAAAAGGGCAAAGGGGGGGGGAGGAAGGACUCUGGGGGAGGAAGGACUCUGCGGGGCCCCCUCCGCGCGCGCGUCUCGUCUCCCUCCUCCCUCAAUGCUGCGAACUUGUGCGAGGCGCAGUAGCAGGUGCCGCGCGAUGGACGCGUUCUCUGGCUGGGGGCUCUGGCUCCUGUUCGCUUUAGCUUGCUUCCCAGGACCGCGCGUUCUAGGUACAAGAGUAAAAUGUGAAGAUGAUCAGUUCCAGUGUCAUAAUGGUCGCUGCAUAACUCUGGUGUGGAGAUGUGAUGGCGAUAAAGACUGCGCGGACAACAGUGAUGAACUAUCCUGUGUGAAGAAGACCUGUGCUGCAUUAGAUUUUGUCUGCCUGAAUGGACAGUGUAUACCAAACAGAUGGCAGUGUGAUGGAGAUAUUGACUGUGAAGAUGGUUCUGAUGAACGUUCUGAAAUAUGCUACACAAAAAUAUGUGAGAUAGGGGAAGUCAGCUGUGGUCCUCGAUCAAGUCGAUGUAUCCCAGUGUCCUGGAAAUGUGAUGGUGAAAACGACUGUGAUGAUGGUGCAGAUGAAGAUGGUUGUGCCAAUAUAACUUGCAAUCCAGAAGAAUUCACAUGUGCCAAUGGGCAAUGCAUCUCAAAAGACUUUGCUUGCAAUGGGCAAGAAGACUGCAGUGAUGGUAGUGAUGAGGUAGGCUGUCCAGCACCUACUUGUAGAGUAGAUGAAUUCUCAUGCAAAACUGAAAGCAGCACCUGUAUUCCAAUUAACUGGGUAUGUGACAACGAACCUGACUGUACUGACUGGUCAGAUGAAUCUUCAGAGCAGUGUGGCCGCCAGCCUGUCCGUACUGUGAAAUGUGGAGAGAGUGAAAUGCUGUGUGACUCAGGAGAUGAAUGUUUUCACAAGAAGUGGCGUUGUGAUGGCGACAUUGACUGCAAAGAUGGAAGCGAUGAGAUAAAUUGCUCUUUUCAGACAUGCAGACCUGACCAGUUCAGAUGUGAGGAUGGAAACUGUGUUCAUGGGACCCGACAGUGUAAUGGUGUGAGGGACUGCAUAGAUGGAUCCGAUGAAGUGAACUGUCAAGUGGUUAAUCAGUGCACUGGACCUGGCAAAUUCAGAUGCAGGAGUGGAGAGUGCAUAGAUUCCAGUAAAGUUUGCAACCAGAAACAGGACUGCAAAGACUGGAGUGAUGAGCCUCUCAAAAAGUGCAACAUAAAUGAAUGCUUGGUGAACAAUGGAGGCUGUUCUCAUAUCUGCAGAGACAUGGUCAUAGGCUAUGAAUGUGAUUGUCCUGCUGGUUUUGAAUUGAUAGACAGAAAAACAUGUGGAGACAUUGAUGAAUGCCAGAAUCCUGGUAUCUGCAGUCAAAUCUGCAUCAAUACAAAAUUGGGGUACAAAUGUGAAUGUAGCCGUGGCUACCGGAUGGAUCCACAAACUGGAGUAUGUAAAGCAAUUGGAGGAGAACCAAGUCUGCUUUUUACUAAUCGCUGGAACAUCAGGCAGUUUGCCCUAGAAAGGCAGGACUAUACCCAGCUGAUAGGAGACCUGAGAAAUGUUGUUGCUCUGGAUGCUGACAUGGCUGAGCACACAGUCUUUUGGGCUGAUGUUGGGCCAAAUGCUAUCCUCAGCACCUCAAUUACUUCUAAUAACAAACCACUACAGCACCACCGGGUUAUAAAUAACAUACAGAGUCCUGCAGGAAUUGCUGUUGACUGGAUUUACAAGAACAUCUACUGGACUGAUUCUUCUCUCAAGUCUGUAUCUGUGGCUCGCCUUAAUGACGGUAAAAGAAAGAUACUGUUUAACACCGACUUAAGAGAACCAGCCUCGAUUGCUGUGGAUCCACUUUCUGGCUUCAUGUAUUGGUCUGAUUGGGGUGAACCAGCCAAAAUUGAAAAAGCAGGGAUGAAUGGACUUGACAGGCAGCAGAUUGUGACAACAGAUAUUGAGAGGCCUAAUGGUAUUGCACUAGAUCUUGUGAAGAAUCGUCUUUACUGGGUUGAUUCAAAGCUGCACAAGCUGUUUAGUGUUGAUAUGAAUGGACAUGACCGUAGGAUUGUGUUGGAAUCACAUGAAUUCCUUGCUCAUCCCUUUGCUCUGACAAUAUUUGAGGACACUGUUUACUGGACUGAUGGGGAAAAUGAAGCUGUAUAUGGUGCAAAUAAGUUCACAGGAGCUGAACUGGAAACAGUAGUGAACAACCUGUAUGAUGCUCAAGACAUCAUUGUGUACCAUGAACUUGUACAACAAUCAGGAAAGAACUGGUGUGAAGAGGAGAACAUGAUAAAUGGAGGCUGUGAAUAUCUGUGCCUGCCUGCUCCCCAGAUAAAUGAACGUUCCCCAAAGUAUACUUGCAUAUGCCCUGAUGGAGAUAAGUUGCAAGAUAAUGGCUUACGAUGCAGAGGUACAGGAACUACUGCGGCUUACUCUGAGGCAAACGACAACAGCAGAACAGAAAAACCACCUGGACCACUUUCUGGAGGGCAAAAUCGAAGCAGCCCCAUGUCAGAAGAGCUGACUUCUUCCAGAAGUUCUUCUGCAACAUGGGCCAUUCUUCCUGUAUUAUUGUUGGCUAUGGCAGCAGCAGGCAGUUACUUCAUGUGGCGUAACUGGCAGCACAAGAACAUGAAAAGCAUGAAUUUCGACAAUCCAGUAUACUUAAAAACAACUGAAGAAGACCUUUCCAUAGAUAUUGGAAGACACAGUGGUUCAGUGGGACAUACAUAUCCAGCUAUAUCAGUAGUAAGCACAGAUGAUGACUUAUCUUGAAGGCAAUCAUCUUCUAGUCGAUUUGUGUUCUACACUUUUUGGAUGGUAGCCAGUGGCUGAACAGAUCUCCUUCCCAUCAUGGAAGAAUGAAGAUGCACGUGGCACAAGUUCACAAACCAUUUUCAUACAAAGCUGUAAAUGUCUGUCCGCAACAACUCAGCUUUUAAGUUACUGGUUACCUGUAACCCUUUUAAUAAGUAUUGCCACCGCUGGCCAUGUAUAAAGCACUUUCCAAAAAGCCAUAUUGAAAUAACAAGUGCUACAGAAGUGCUAACUGUAAAUAAUUGUACAGGCCCACUGUAAAUUUUCCUGAGGACAGUCUAUUAAGCACUUUGGAAAAAACAAAUUUCAAUGUAAAUUAUUGUAUAACUUUUUACAAUGGUUGGGCAAUGGCAAUAGGAGAAAACGGGUUACUCAAAUUAAUUGCCAAAAAUUUAUAAACUUUAACUUUUGUAUGAAUUGUGAAUUUUGUCCUCCCUGAACCACCUACAGGGGUGUGCAGAGGACAACUACUCUGUAUCAGAAAACCACUGUAAAUUUCAACACUGAAAUGAAAUUAAAGAGAAGCAAAUCUA